GAUGCCAAGUGAUGAGCACCGAGGCAUGCUGGGUAGGUUGUUCCUAGCCUGCGGAGCAAGUUCCUGCCUUGCAAAUGGAAAGGCUGGGCCUUCAUCACUGGACAGGAAUGGAGGAGGUCUUGGCUGGUGCUGCCUUGUCAGAGCUGGAAGGGUGCUGGAGAGCCGUAUGAGUCCGCCUCGGGUUCCUUAUAAAUACUGCUUGACUCAGUCAGUGUGUGACUGACGCCCUUGAGAUAUGAAGUGGUUAUUGUUCUUUGGGGCCCUUAUUGGGGCAGGCAUCUGCGGCCGAGACAAAUUCUUUGGGGACCAAGUUUUUAGGAUUAAUGUCAGAAAUGGAGACGAAAUCAGAAAACUGACCGAGCUAGUGAAUUCGGACCACUUUAAGCUCAAUGUCUGGAAAUCUCCCUCCACUUUUGACCGGCCUGUGGAUAUUCUCGUCCCUUCUUUUAGCUUGUUGCCAUUCAAGUCCUUCCUGAAGUCCCAGGGUUUAGACUACUCCGUGACAAUUGAGGACCUACAGGCCCUCUUAGAUAACGAAGAUGAAGAGAUGCAGCACAAUGAAGGGAGAGAGCGGAGUGGAGACUUCAACUACGGAUCUUACCAUUCUCUGGAGGCUAUUUACCACGAGAUGGAUAGUAUUGCCACAGACUUUCCUCACCUGGCGAGCAGAGUGAAGAUCGGGGAGACAUUUGAGAAACGUCCCAUGUAUGUUCUAAAGUUCAGCACAGGAGGAGGCAAGAAGCGGCCAGCCAUUUGGCUGAAUGCAGGCAUCCAUGCCCGCGAGUGGAUCUCACAGGCCACAGCCAUCUGGACAGCGAGGAAGAUCGCGACUGAUUAUCAAAAGGACCCAGCCGUCACCUCCAUCUUGAAGAAAGUGGAUAUUUUCUUGUUGCCCGUGGCCAAUCCUGAUGGAUAUGUGUUCACACAGAGCCAAAACCGAUUAUGGAGGAAGACUCGGUCCCGGAACCCGGGAAGCCGCUGUAUUGGAGUUGAUCCAAAUAGAAACUGGAAUGCUAGUUUUGCAGGAGAGGGGGCCAGUGACAACCCUUGCUCUGAAGUGUACCAUGGCUCCCACCCCAAUUCUGAAGUGGAGGUGAAAUCGGUGGUGGAUUUUAUUCAAAAGCAUGGGAACUUCAAAUGCUUCAUUGACCUGCAUAGCUACUCACAGCUGCUGAUGUAUCCCUAUGGGUACUCAGUCAAGAAGGCCCCGGAUGCUGAGGAGCUGGACGACGUGGCGAGGAGCGCAGCCAAAGCCCUGGCUUCUCUCUCGGGCACUAAGUACCAAGUGGGACCAACUUGCACCACCGUCUAUCCGGCCAGUGGGAGCAGCAUCGACUGGGCAUACGACAACGGCAUCAAAUAUGCGUUCACAUUUGAGCUGAGAGACACUGGGCACUACGGCUUCCUCCUGCCAGCCAGUCAGAUCAUCCCCACGGCGGAGGAGACCUGGCUAGGGCUGAAGACCAUCAUGGAACAUGUUCGAGACCACCUCUACUAGUCAAAGAACCCUCACGCUUUACCCCUAAGCCACCACAGUUAAAGAUCACGUCUUCAAGGAUAGGUUGGAGCCUUCUGGGCUGGCGGGGAGCUCAGCUGCUCCACUUCAGCAUUGCUUCACGGAGGUCAUACACACAUCCUGGUAGUGAGCAUGCGAGGAACACUUCCUCCGAGUAGUGGUUGGUCCUGCUGCUUUACAGAGCCUCUGGUAUACCUCUCUACCUGUGAGGCUGGUUAGGCAGGCUACGUUCAAGGUCACUACUUCCUGGUAGCCUACGGCUACCUUGCUUUUAGAACCUUGAUGGUUCUCUAGUAUCUGUGUAGCCUCGGAUAGGGCACCAUGGGAGGUGCUGGGGGAGACAAGGCUUGUCUUUAGAACUCUGUAAUUUCUCCUUCAGACAUGUUCUUUUUUCUUUUAGACAGGGUCUUACUAUUUUGCCCAUGCCUGAAGCUCCUGGGGUCA